AUGGACCCGUUUCAGGAGAAGUAUGGCAACACCAUUGCUGCUGUGCUGUUCUUGCCCUCUCUCCUGGCUGAUGUCUUCUGGGUGGCCUGUAUUUUAGGGGCCACAGUGAGUGUGGUCCUGGACAUCUCUAGAUACUUGUCCAUCUCCAUCUCUGCUGUUGUGGCCAUUGUCUACACUAUGUUGGGGGGUCUCUAUUCAGUGGCCUACACAGAUGUCAUACAACUCAUCUUUAUGUUUUUUGGCUUGGCCAUUGGAGGGAUUUGUUACCAAGCUUUCUACCAGAGAGUGCUCUCCGCUGCCUCAGAUGCUCAGGCUAAACUCACCUGUUUUGCUGGUGCAGCUUUGUGCCCAAUUCUAGGAAUUCCAUCUAUUCUGGUUGGAGCUGUAGCUGCUUCUACAGACUGGAAUCAGACAUCCUUUGGAUUGCCCAGUCCAUAUGAACGAGACAUGGCUGGCCUCAUCUUGCCCAUAGCACUGCAGCAGCUCUGUCCUUUUGCUGUCUCUCUGGUCGGUAUGGGGGCGCUCGCUGCUGCGGUCAUGUCCUCUGUGGACUCUGUUCUGCUGUCGGCUGCCUCCCAAUUUGCCAGAAAUAUCUACAAGAACAUCAUUUAUAAAAAGGCCUCGGAAAGGAGCAUAGUGGUGGUGAUCAGAGUGUCCAUUGUCCUGUGUGGCCUGGUGGGGGCGCUGCUGGCCACGACAAGCAGCUCUGUGAGUCUCUUCUGGAUCGUCAGUGCAGACGUGCUUUACUCCAUCCUGACACCUCAGAUCAUCUGCACACUAUUCCUGCCCCGCUGGGUGAACCACUACGGGGCCUGCGCUGGCUUUGUGUUUGGCCUGGUGCUGCGCAUGGCGGCAGGGGAGCCGACGCUGGGGCUGUCCGCUGUGCUUCCUUUGCCCUGGGACAAGAUCCUCCAGAAUGGACAAAGACAUCAUGUAAUCCCCUUUCGCACAGUCAUAGUCCUCAUCAGCUUUACCAGCAUCCUCCUUGUGUCGCAAUUGACCACGUGGUUGUCCAAUAGAGGCUUUUUAAGUGAAAUAUCUGAGGGGAACUCUGAACUGGAUGAAAUCAAAAGAAUCCAAACCAAUGAAACAAUCAAUGAGUCACUGACAGCAUCACUCUGA